AUGGCUGCGCGUCAAAAUACAACGGUCCCCAAGUGGGCACCUCCGGCAACAACCAAAGAAAAUUUGGACUAUAUUGACCUGGUUAAUAUUGACCUGUCUAAAUUUGAUGACCCACUGUCACGCAAGGAGCUGGCGCACGAGUUCUUCAGCGCCUUUACCCAGGAUGGCUUUGUUACUGUCAGUGGCCACGGCAUUUCCAAUGAAGUGUGGGACGCUCAGAUGGACCUUGCCAAUGCAACCAUGACCAUGGACCCAGCAGCGAAAGUGCCUUUCGAGGUCACACCCGAGGAAGACGAGCAGGGAAUUUAUGUCGGUUUCAAAGCUGCUGGAGGCCUGGGGUUCCACAAAGAGAUUGACUUUUACAACAUGUUGUUGAAUGACCCCAAGGCAGACCGAAAGCAUCCAGCUCAUUUGAUCCAUCAUUUCGCCGAGACGCAAAAAGUCAUGUUGCAUAUUCGCGAUGAUAUUCAGAGAAAGUUUCUCGUUUUGUUGGCCAUGUGCCUGGAAAUUCCGGAACAGGAAAUGCUGCAAACUCAUCGCGCAGGUCAAUCGAGCUCAGAAUACUACCGAUACAUGAGCUAUGCGCCUCUGACUCCAGAGGCCACUCUCAAGGCGCGUGGUCUCUUCAUGCCUGCCCAUGCUGAUUGGGGCACCUUUUCGAUCCUGUUUUCCCAGCCCGUUUGCGCACUUCAAAUUCUUCACAAGAGCGGUGUCUUCAAGUGGGUUGAGUACAAACCGUAUACAUUGGUGGUGAAUGUGGGACAGGCCCUCGAGCUCAUGACCGGAGGAGUCUUUCCCGCAACGAUCCACCGCGUUGUCACCCCGCCCCCGGAUCAGGUCAACUCCUUGCGCGUCGGCAUAUACUAUUUCUCGCGUCCCAACGAUGACUAUAGUCUAUUGCCGUUCAAGAACUCGCCUGUACUGAAGAAACUCGGCAAGGACAAGCCCUUGGACCCCUCAGUCACGUACAACACUGUACAAUUCUUGGAGGCGAAGAAACACGGUUACCUGAAGCCGGAUCUCGAUUUUGAUCGACCCCGCGACCCAGGCGUACACAGUGAUCCUUUCCGUGAGGGCGACACCUUUGCUCCUACGGAGAAGCUUCUCGCAUCCAUCGCGGUGAAAGCGGCCACCUAA